AUAAGAAGAAGAAGACGAAGAAGAAGAAGAAGAAGAAGAAGAUGAUGGAGAAGAGAACCCAUUAACCCAACACCAACACUCGCUCAAAAAAAAAACACAGCUUUUUCCUCUCUUUACGCGCAUUAUUCAACUCUCUCUCUCUCUCUCUCUCUCUCUCUCUCUCUCGUUUUCAUGUGUCGCUCUCGUCUCUGAAAAGACAAAACCGUGGAUCUAUGAAUCUCCCUCUUACCCUCUCAAUCUCAAUCCCAAUCUCAAUCUCUCUCCCCCUUUCUCACCCUUGUUCCAAUUCCUUCCAUUGAGAAACGAUUAGGGUUCCAAUUUCUGGUUUUCGUUUGUUUUCUCUCAUCGCGUAGAUCUGUUCCCUUUAUUUCCUCAUCCCCUGCAACCCCAUCUCUGUUUUUGCUCUUCCCUUUUGAUUUCAGCCUUCCUCAUCUGCUCUUUCCCCUCAAUUUCUGCCAUUUUUCUCUCUGUGGGUGUCUUUAAUAAUGUCGUCCUUGCGCCUAGAUCUGACAUCUAAGAUCUACCCGGAACCUGACUCCAUCUUCUCCUUUAAUUCUGCCUCAAUCGACCACUUUGAUCGUCUUCCUGAUUCCCUUCUCCUCCUUAUAUUCAACAAGAUCGGAGACGUGAAAGCCCUCGGUCGCUGCUGCGUUGUUUCUCGGAGAUUCCACUGCCUCGUGCCUCAAGUGGAGAACGUUGUUGUGCGCGUGGAUUGUGUUAUCUCCGAUGAUGAUUCGUCUUCUUCCUCUUCCUCCUCUGGUAAAUCUCGUGGCCCUUUUUUUAAUAUUUUCCGGUUCGUAUUUGGCGGCAUUGUCAAGCCCCUCCAAGCGUUAGGCCAGUUUUUGGGUCAGACACGCGUGUCGUCCAGUUUGGCAUCCUCUUCCUCUCCCUCGUCUCUCGCGGUUGGGAGCGAAGAGGAUGGCGAAAUUGAUCAAGGUGGCGUUACCCAUCACUCCCCAACCCAAGUUUUGAAGAAUUUCAACGAGAUUCGUUUCCUUCGGAUCGAGCUUCCGAGCGGGGAAUUGGGUAUAGAUGAUGGGGUAUUGUUGAAAUGGCGAGCCGAUUUCGGAUCCACUUUGGACAAUUGUGUGAUUUUGGGUGCUUCUUCGGUGAUGCACUCCGGCUCCAUCAAGCCUUCACUUGCCCAAGAUAAUGGGGCUGAUGGGUUCUGUAUUGCCAAUGGUGCCGCAGUCGAUGAUAAUGGAAGUAUUCCCGAAUCCUUUUACACAAAUGGAGGUCUAAAAUUGAGAGUAGUAUGGACGAUUAGCUCGCUUAUUGCGGCUUCUGCGAGGCACUAUCUGCUGCAACCAAUAAUAGCGGAUCACAAGACUUUGGAUAGUUUGGUUCUAACUGAUGCGGACGGACAGGGGGUGCUGUGUAUGAAUAAAGAUCAACUUGAGGAGUUGAGGGUGAAGCCGUUGUCUGCUUCUUCGGCAUCGAAGAGAACCCUUGUACCGGCUCUGAACAUGAGACUUUGGUAUGCCACACACUUAGAAUUGCCUAAUGGCUUGAUAUUGAAGGGUGCUACACUGGUCGCUAUCCGGCCCAGUGAGCAGUCUGCGGUGAAGAAGGAUGUUUCUGAUUGCUCUUGGGCUUCAACUGCUUUCGAGGAACCUUAUAGGACUGCUGCAAAGAUGUUAGUGAAGAGGAGAACGUACUGCCUUGAGAUGAAUUCUUUCUAAAAGGAAAUUAGUAAUUCGAGGUAUAGAAGAACAAUGGUAAAGAGAAAGGAAGAAACUGCAUACCUUCAGAAAAUGAUAAUCAGGAAGGAAGUUCUUAUUGAUUGGCGGCCUGACAAAAGUGGAUGGCAACGAAACCAACUUCUGAUUGGAGUGGCACAAACGAAAGAGGGGGAAAGAAAGAAAACGCAUUCGUUGUUGGCAUUAUAAUACAAAUGGUUGACCCUUUUUUGGUAAAGGCGAUCGUGGAAAAUGCAUCUGCUGGUUGUUUUUGUUACAGGCAUUUGCUAUUUGGAGUGCAGGCAAACAGCUAGAAUGAUGUUGUAAAAGCUUUGAGUUUUUAGUCCCUUUAACUUCUGUCCUUCCUGUAUAUGUGAAUACUGUAGGUGAGACUUCAUAUUAUGAUCUCAUGUGAUAUAGUUUGAAGUUUAUAAAUGUAAGCCUUUGUUAAAUCUAGUUGAAUAAUUGUCAUUGUGGCUGCAAGCGUCUGACUGAACCAUGAGAGAGUGCAAAAACAGAAGAGAAGAUAGGAUGGCUAAUUCUGCCCGCCUUUUUUAUGAAACAUAAUGUGGGAAAGGAAAGAAAAACCAAAUGGGAAGUGGGGAAAAAGGCUCUAUUAUUAUUGUGGGCAACAUGCUUUUUAUGUACACUCUGAGAACAUAUUAUGCAAAACAGUGGAAGUGUACUCUGUUAUUUCUAUUAUUGUGCAAUGCAACUUAGAAUGAUUGAUUAUA